AUGUCUCCUAAUCCCCGCCUUAUUCUUAUCAAUACAAUAAACACGUUUACUUUUUAUUUCAUAUCCUUAAGUUUUAUGUUGUCGUUUAUAAAAAACUUUUAUUCCAAAAUUGGAAACGGUGCUUUAAAACCCCAAGUGGAACUCGUGGAGUUUGACCCAGAAAUGAACAACACGGAUAUGCCUAGCGAAAUCAAAAAACUUUUACUGGAAAUUACUCCAAACUUUGAUGAAAAUCUGAAGCGGGCUUUCAGGAAUGAAGGGGUCAGGUUACAAAGAAUGCAAAACUCUGGGCGGAAUAUUCAUCAACUCGACGACGUUCUCUUGUCAAUAGAUGAUACCAAAAUCGAGCUGCGCAACCUGAAAUUUGCCUGGAUUCCGGACUUCCGCAUCCUGGACAUGUCCAGCGACCUACCGAUGUCAUGCCUAGACUUAAGCCUAAACCUGGGCAAUUUGCGGAUCGAGGGCGAAUAUGAAGCCAACAACACCACACUCAGACGAUGGUUACCAGUAUCUCACGUUGGCCGAAUCGUGAUCGGCUUUAACAACGUCCGAGCGAACGGAAAAGUCGGCCUCCUUCUCAACCAGGAUUCUUUCGUUCCGCAGAAUUAUGAUAUUAUAUAUGAACCGACGGAUGUUGUUAUUAGGGUUAGUUAUCACGUGGAUGGCGAAAAUGAGGUACAAAACGAGAUUACCAAUUCAAAUAUCGAGGCGACGUUGGGCAAGACGGUGUGGAUUCAGUUGACUGAAAUAUUGUCCAACCUGUUGCAUAGGCAAUUGGCGGAGGUUGUAGUGGAGUUUUCCGUCACUGAACUUCUGGUUGACAGAGACGAGGAAUACAGAGAAUACGCCAAGGGACAAGCGGCACGAGCCAAUAAACUCCUGGAUUCGCUUUUGUGUUCAGCGAAGGACUAUUUGGUAGCGAAGAAGUUGAGGACGGUGAAAACGCCACCCUUCGAUGUCGUUUUCAAAGGGAAAGUCUCGGGGGUGCAGCAGGGGACUUUCAGCACCGGGGAAGGGUUCUUGCAAGAUCUCGCUACUUUGACGAGGAUACACAGUUUUAGUUUGUACGAAGAUAAACACAAACUCACGAUAUAUGGAGGGAUCAGUUUGAGGGAGUUUAAACUCGGCUAUGAAGGCUACCAUGGCGAAUACGAAGAAACCGCGGUCUCUGGUAGCAUCAAAGGCUCACUCUACAAAAACGAGAUUUUUGUCAAAAUCACCGUCAAAAAAGAAGGCGAACGUUGUUCGACACAAUUAGAUUCCGUCCAAGUUGUUGUUAUAAAAGAUAUAGACAUCGAUAUUUCCGGUUUGGCCUCUCUCAGUUGGCUCACGUCGAAACUGAAAUCUUGGGUGAUUGGACAUUUGCGUCAGAGAGCCCUCCCUGUGCUGGAAACCUACGUCAAAGAGGCUCUGGUUCAUGCCAUAGCCAAUACUGAUUGCGUUGCCCAGCUUGUCGAUUAAAUUGAUUUUAUAUUUUCA